GGCACAUAUCAUCCUACAGGCUACACGCUAUGGAGAAAGACCACAAACCAAGCAACUCCGACCUCUCCUCCAGCGCUAAGACGGAGGCCGACGCACCGAAAUCCACGAUCAACAACGAAACCGACAAGUUCAACAAGGGCAAGGUUGCCGGUGCCGCUGCUGAUCUAUUGGACGCUGCACAAGACUACGGGAAGCUGGAUAAGAACACGGGUGUCGGCCAAUACGUCGACAAGGCAGAGACUUACCUGCACCAGUACCAGACUUCCGAUCAAUCGGCCCCGCCCGCCAAGCCGGAGUCGCAUGACGGAGAAAAGGGAAAAGAGUCUGCUGGAAGCGCCGCAUGUGGCGUUGGAGGUGCGGAUUACACGAAGAUGGCUCAAGGUUUCUUCGGCAAAUAAAAUCAUGUAGACAAGUUAUUAGGCUUCUAUGAACUUUAUUUUAAUGUUUGUUUCUGUCUCUAUGUUGGAUGUCCCAUGUAAUCCGUGUAAUAUGCAGUAUUAAUAAAUUAUCUAUGUUAUAUUAAAGAUCA